ACACCGGAAGCGGCGCUCUCGCCGGCGGAUCCCCGCGCGCCGAUAUCGCGGCUUGGUGCGCCGCCCGCCUGGCCGCUGGCUCUGGACCGCACCGCCUCGAAACGGCGGGCCCGGCUCCCGGUGUUGUGGCGGCGCCUGGCGCUGGCAGAUCACCCAGAAGACACAAUGAGUGUUAAAGCUUUCAAGCUCGUUUCUGCUGUCGAGCGGGAGAUGUUAAUGGGAGACAAAAAUUACAUCAACAUCGAAUGCAUUGAGUGUUGCGGAAAGAACCUCUACAUUGGAACCAAUGACUGCUUUAUCUAUCACUUUCUAUUGGAUGAAAAGAUGUCAACAGCUGGAAAAAUAACUUUUGCUGCCACCAAGCAACUACAUAAAUACCUGGGCUUGAAGAAGCCUGUGAGUGAGUUGAAAGCAGCCUCUGCCCUCACCAGGCUUCUUGUGCUUUGCGACAAUACAAUAACACUAGUUAACAUGAUGAACCUGGAACCUGUCCCCACUGGCGCUCGAAUCAAAGGAGCUGUGACGUUCACAUUAAAUGAAAACCCUGUGAGUGGGGAUCCUUUCUGUGUCGAAGUCUGCAUUAUCUCAGUCAAGCGACGGACCAUCCAAAUGUUCAUGGUGUUUGAAGACAGAGUCCAGAUAGUGAAGGAAGUGUUUACUCCAGAGCAACCCUGUGCUGUGGCUGUAGAUGGUUAUUACUUGUGUCUUGCGCUUACUACACAGUAUAUAAUUUUGAAUUAUAAUACUGGAGUCUCCCAGGAUCUAUUUCCUUAUUGCAGUGAUGAGAAACGGCCAAUUGUGAAAAGGAUAGGCAGACAAGAGUUUCUGUUGGCUGGCCCCGGAGGCCUAGGCAUGUUUGCAACUGUAGAUGGCAUUUCACAGCGUGCCCCUGUGCACUGGUCCGAGAAUGUGAUUGGAGCAGCUUUGUGCUUUCCUUACGUAGUUGCUCUCGAUGAUGAGUUCAUUACAGUGCACAGCAUGCUGGACCAGCAGCAAAAGCAAACCCUCCCUUUUAAAGAAGGUCACAUUCUACAGGACUUUGAAGGAAAGGUGAUUGUUGGUACUAAUAAGGGAGUGUAUAUCUUGGUGCCGCUACCUUUGGAAAAACAGAUUCAGGAUCUUCUAGCCAGCCACAGAGUGGAAGAAGCCCUUGUUCUAGCAAAAGGAGCUCGAAGGAAUAUUCCAAAAGAGAAAUUUCAGGUAAUGUACAAACGAAUCCUGCAGCAAGCAGGUUUUAUACAGUUUGCACAGCUUCAGUUCCUUGAAGCAAAAGAACUCUUCAGAAGCGGCCAGCUUGAUGUCCGGGAGCUGAUCUCUCUCUACCCCUUCCUGUUGCCUACUUCCUCUUCAUUUAUACGGUCUCAUCCCCCUCUGCAUGAGUAUGCGGACCUAAACCAGCUGACACAAGGGGACCAGGAGAAGAUGACAAAAUGCAAACGGUUCCUCAUGAGUUAUUUGAAUGAAGUCCGCAGUACUGAGGUGGCAAAUGGCUACAAGGAAGAUAUUGACACAGCUCUACUCAAGCUAUAUGCGGAGGCAAAUCAUGAAAGCCUGCUGGAUCUGCUAGUUUCGGAGAACUUUUGUCUUUUAACAGAUAGUGCUGCCUGGCUGGAAAAACACAAAAAGUAUUUUGCACUUGGUCUCCUGUAUCACUACAAUGGUCAGGAUGCUACAGCACUUCAGUUAUGGGUGAAAAUAGUUGAUGGAGACAUUGAAGACUCUACACGUUCAGAUCUCUAUGAAUAUAUAGUAGACUUCCUUACGUUCUGCUCAGACCAAGAUCUAGUGUGGAAAUACUUUGAAUGGGUUUUACAGAAAAAUGAAGAGGUUGGUGUACAGAUUUUCACUAAAAGGCCUUUGGAAGAACAGGAGAAAAACAGCAUUAAUCCAGAUGAUAUCAUCAGUUGCCUUAACAAAUAUCCUAAAGCACGUGUUAAAUAUCUAGAGUAUCUGGUAUUGGAAAGGAAAAUAGAGAAGGAAAAGUACCAUACUCAUCUAGCUGUCUUGUACUUGGAGGCAAUACUUCAGCUAAAAUCUGUGACCACAGAUAAUUGUACAGAAGCAACUGAACUGCUGCUUAAACUACGCAGUCUUCUUCAGAAAUCUGAUCUUUAUAGAAUUCACUUUAUUUUGGACAAAAUCCAAGGCACAGACCUUCAUAUGGAAAGUGCAAUUUUAUAUGGAAAACUAGAAGAACACGAGAAGGCUUUGCAUAUCCUUGUCCACGAGUUAAAGGACUACCAUGCUGCUGAAGAAUACUGUAUAUGGAACUCUGAGAACAGAGACAUGCAGUAUAGACGGAGGCUUUUCCAUAUGUUGCUGUCAGUGUAUCUAAAUCUAGGCACUUCGGAUUGUGCACUAGUCAUGGCUGCUGUGGACCUCCUGAAUAACCACGCUGCUGAAUUUGAUGCGAGUCUAGUUUUGCAGGUGGUGCCUGACAGCUGGUCAGUGCAGCUCCUCUCCCCAUUCUUGGCUGGAGCAGUGAGGCAAAGCAUUCAUACAAAAAGAAUGACUCAGGCUGCACUUGGAUUAGCACAAGCUGAAAACUUAAUAUACAAAUAUGAGAAGGUUAAACAAAGAGGAACUCCAAUUCUUCUUUCGGACAAAAACGUCUGUCAGGUGUGCCAAAAUACUUUCUGCGAGCCUGUCUUUGUAAGAUACCCAAAUGGGAGUAUGGUGCACACACACUGUGCUGCAAACAGACAUCUGAAUUCAAACAUGACUCAUCACUCUUCCAGCUCCAGCAAUCAGACUUGAAAUAUGUUCUGGUCCCAGUGGUUCCCAGGACUUAUGCCCCAUUGAAAGUGGGUUGGAAAAAAGAGCAAAGUGCAGCUACUUUUAAGUGUAAAUCAAGACGAACACCGGGUCUUUGGGUUAAUGGGAAAAUUUGCAGUAAAUAUGAAAUAUCACCACUUAUCUUUUUUAAUUUCUAAUGAAUGUAGAUAGAAGUAAAUUCACUACCAGAAAUGGAGAGGUGCAUAUGUAGGCUCUUCUGUAUAUAGUAAUAAACAGUUAAAGAAAAUGAGCCUUCUCUUCACAAUAAUGGUGAAUGUUAUGGAGACAAGGCAGUUAUUUUAAGAAAUGUCACUUUGCACUGAAUGUGGUGUUAAUAAGUUUGUAGAGGUGGAGAUGGCAUCUAUUGGAGUUGGGAUUCGUGGAACAUUAUGUGACAAGACUGGCAUCAUGCAGCUUACUAUCAAGACAAAAAUGUGCAUUGGUUAUAACAUUUGCUGCAGCAUGUCCUCUUUUGGGCUGAAUUCUCUUCCCCAGGAUCACAUUAUGAACUUGAUUUUUGCUCUACAAAUCGUUGACUUUUGAUGCACUUUUCAGUACUUCCCCUCUCUCCUCUGCUAUAUAGGAUUUAAAUGUAAGCACCGGUCCAUUAGGUUUCUACUCCUACAGUUACUGUAAAAAAAAAAAAAAAAACUGACAUGGAAACUAAUAGCCUCAGUCACACAGCUGUGCUUGGAAGAUAAAAAGAGUUCAGAUGAUCUGGUCAGAUUGUAGUCACUUUUAUAUGGGG